AUGGACAUCGGUGGAUUGGAGACGGUGGUGGCCAACUCGGCCUAUGUGUCAGCCCGAGGAAGUGUGGAUGGUGUGGCAGCGGCCAACCUGAGAGACAAAAAGUUGCGGGCCAGGCUGAAACUGCCACACAUCAGAGAAUGCGAACACAUGAAAGCGUCCGUGGGCAAAACCUUCGACAUCAUGUGCGUCAAAGAACCCAUUGGCAAGCGGCUCUUCCAGCAGUUUCUGGAAAGCGAUGCCACCCACAAAACCGCGGCAGAGCUUUGGAAGGACAUUGAAGACUACGUCAUUUUCCAGGAGAAGGACAGAGUUCAGAAAGCCCAAAAAAUGGUCAAUAAAUACUUCGAGUCAACGUCCAAGACCUUCUGCAGCUUCCUGGAGGAGAAGGCUGUCACCCGGGUGAAGGAAGAUUUCAAAAACGUCCACGGUGACUUAUUUAAAGAGAGCGAGAAACAGCUCCUCAAACACCUGGAGGCAAAGGCCAUGGCGGGCUUCAAGCAAAGUAUGUACUUCCUGCGUUACGUUCAGUUCAAGACGUUGGAAAGCCAGCCCGUUGACGAGGAGUGGUUCAUGGACUUCAGGGUCCUUGGAAAGGGAGGAUUCGGAGAAGUCUACGCUUGUCAGGCUAAGGCCACCGGUAAAAUGUACGCCAAUAAAAAGCUGGAUAAAAAGAGGCUCAAGAAACGCAGAGGCUACGAGGGUGCGAUUGUGGAGAAGCGCAUCCUAGCCAAAGUCCACAGUCGCUUCAUUGUGUCGCUGGCUUACGCUUUCCAGACCAAGACUGACCUCUGCCUAGUUAUGACCAUCAUGAAUGGUGGGGAUCUCAGGUUUCAUAUGUACAACGUGGAUGAAAAAAAUCCUGGCUUCAAUGAGAAAAGAGCUUCUUUCUACACGGCACAGAUCAUCUGUGGCCUGGAGCACCUUCACCAGCACAGGAUUGUCUACAGAGACCUGAAACCAGAGAAUGUGCUGCUAGAUGAUGCAGGACACGUCCGGCUGUCGGAUUUGGGCUUGGCUGUGGAACUUCCACCAGGAAAAGACAAAACAUCGGGUUAUGCAGGAACUCCUGGUUUCAUGGCUCCAGAGCUACUCCAGAAAAAGGAAUAUGACUACACAGUGGAUUAUUUUACUCUGGGGGUGACUCUGUUUGAGAUGAUCGCAGCUAAAGGACCUUUCAGACUACGAGGAGAGAAGGUGGAGAAUGACGAGGUGGCUCGCAGAAUUCUGAACGAUCCGGUUUCGUACACUCCCAACUUUAGCAAAGAAUGCAAUGCUAUUUGUGAAGGCUUGUUGGAAAAGGAUCCGGGGAAACGCCUCGGGUUCAAAAACAACGAGUGCGCUGAGCUCAAGAGCCAACCCUUCUUCAAGGAGAUCAAUUGGGGCCGUCUUGAGGCUGGUAUGCUUCCUCCACCAUUUGUCCCUGAUCCCAGGAUGGUCUACGCCAAAGACAUCGACGACGUAGGCGCCUUUAGCACCAUUAAAGGCGUGGUCAUGGAUAACAAGGAUACAGAGUUCUUUGCCGACUUUGCCUCGGGCAACGUUCCGAUCCCGUGGCAGGAGGAAAUGAUCGAGACGGGUGUGUUUGGAGAGAUGAACAUCUGGGGUGAGAACGGAAAGUUGCCUAAUGACCUCGACCCAAACUAUGUGGAAGCCAAAGGCGGAGGAUGUGUGAUUCUUUAAAGUAGAAUGUGUUUAUUGAUUUGCUGAAUAAAAUAGCAAAAACUUCUGUCGGUGUGAAGCGGUCCAUUUUACACAACGGUUCGAGAGCUUCACCAAAAAAUGCUGACAAAUGAUUACUAUCUUAGCCAAGUUUUUUUUAAAUUCAACUCCUGUUGCAGCUCUCAUGAAACUGUGCAGAUGUACCCAAUAAAAUGUUCCGGAAGCAUACAACUGUAGUAUUAAAUAUAGUACAUUAAUCUUUAGCUAUAGUGAAACUGUAUAUAUGUAUGUACCACAAUAAUACAACAUUGUUUAA